AUGGAGAAAGUUGCUGCUGAGGAUAGUGGACCUUGGAUGAUUAUUGGUGAUUUAAAUGAUAUAAAGGGAGAAGAUGAGAAAAGAGGAGGUGCACCGAUUAACCAAGCUAAAUGUAGUAAGUUUGUGGAAAGAAUUGAUAAGUGUGGAUUGAUGGAAAUACAGUCUUAUGGAAAUAAUUUCACGUGGAAGGGACCGCUGAUUCCAGGGUUUGAUCGAAUUUUUGAGAAACUAGACAGAGGCCUUUGUAGUAUUGAAUGGAGGCAAUUAUUUCAGGAGGCAGGUAUUAAGGUCUUACCACGGCUAGGGUGUUCAGAUCACAAUCCGUUGUUGUUAUACCUGAAGGAAGAGAGGAGGAGUAGGGGAGAAAGGCCUUUCAGAUUUGAAGCAGCUUGGAUGAUGCACAGUAAUUUUACUCCGAUGCUUAGAGAGAAUUGGAGGAAAGGAGGGGAAGCUAUAAGUAACUUGGUGGAAUUAAAAGGGAAGCUGACAGAAUGGAAUAGAAACACUUUUUUAAAUAUUCUGAAAAAGAAAAAAUGA